CGGCCGGGGGGCCCUCGGGCACCCCCUGCGCUCCGUCCCGUCCCGUCCCGUCCCGCUCGGGCCCGCAUGGAUGGAGCCUCGCCGCUGCCCGCUGCCCGCCGCGUUCGCGCCCGGGAGGCCUGACAGGUAACUGAAUGCCCCCAGCGUGGAUCUUGGCUCGGUUGGAAUGCUUGGAUGCACAGCAGCUCUUCCCAUAGCUUCUUUUCGUCUGCCCCAUUACAAGAAGAUGGCAAAAGCCAACAUUACCAGAGACAUCAUCCACAGACAGAUCAAGGAGAGGGGAGCGCUGGGCUUCGAGCGGCACUACCACGUCACUGACCCCUUCAUCCGCCGCCUGGGCCUGGAGGCAGAACUGCAGGGUCACUCUGGGUGUGUCAACUGUCUAGAGUGGAAUGAGAAAGGAGACUUGUUGGCCUCUGGCUCUGAUGACCAGCACACCAUUGUCUGGGAUCCUCUGCACCACAAGAAACUCCUUUCUAUGCACACAGGACAUACUGCGAACAUCUUUUCUGUCAAGUUCUUGCCGCAUUCGGGGGAUCGGAUCCUCAUCACGGGAGCUGCGGAUUCCAAGGUGCACGUCCAUGACUUGACUGUCAAGGAGACAGUCCACAUGUUCGGAGACCACACCAACAGAGUGAAGCGGAUUGCCACGGCUCCCAUGUGGCCAAACACCUUCUGGAGUGCAGCAGAAGACGGGUUGAUCAGACAGUACGACCUGCGAGAGAACAGCAAACGCUCCGAGGUCCUGAUAGACCUGACUGAGUACUGUGGGCAGCUGGUGGAGGCCAAAUGCCUGACAGUGAACCCCCAGGACAACAACUACCUGGCAGUGGGGGCCAGCGGGCCCUUCGUGCGGCUCUACGACAUCCGCAUGAUCCACAACCACAGAAAAAGCAUGAAGCAGAGCCCUUCAGCUGGAGUACACACGUUCUGUGACCGACAGAAGCCCCUCCCGGACGGCGCGGCGCAGUACUACGUGGCAGGGCACCUUCCAGUGAAGCUUCCAGACUACAACAACAGGCUGAGGGUUCUGGUGGCCACAUACGUCACCUUCAGUCCUGAUGGCACUGAGCUCUUGGUCAACAUGGGAGGGGAGCAGGUCUAUUUGUUUGAUCUGACAUACAAACAGCGACCGUACACUUUCCUCCUCCCGAAGAAGUGCCACACUUCAGGGGGUAAGUGUGAUGCUGUCACUAAAGGGAGUGGAAGGCAGAGUGAACACCACAAACAUUUACCUGGAGUUAAGGAUGUCCAACUUACCUGUGCUCCUCCCUUCUUUCCCAUCAGCCCCCAAGUGGAGUUACCUCCUUACCUGGAGAGGAUCAAGCAGCAAGCCAACGAGGCCUUUGCCUGCCAGCUGUGGACUCAGGCCAUCCAGCUCUACAGCAAAGCAGUGCAGAAAGCCCCCAACAAUGCCAUGCUCUAUGGGAACAGGGCUGCUGCCUACAUGAAGCGCAAGUGGGACGGGGACCAUUACGAUGCUCUGAGAGACUGCUUGAAGGCCAUAUCCUUAAAUCCAUGCCACCUGAAGGCCCAUUUCCGCCUCGCCCGCUGUCUCUUUGAACUCAAAUAUGUGGCAGAAGCACUGGAGUGUCUGGAUGACUUUAAAGGGAAGUUUCCAGAACAAGCACACAGCAGUGCCUGCGAUGCAUUGGACAGGGACAUCAAUGCAGCCCUUUUCUCCAAGAGUGAUAAUGCUGAAGACAAGAAAGGGGGAGGCCCCAUCCGGCUCCGAGCCACAGGCCGCAAGGAUUCCAUCUCUGAGGACGAGAUGGUGCUGAGGGAGCGCAGCUACGACUACAAAUUCCGAUACUGUGGCCACUGUAACACCACUACAGACAUCAAAGAGGCCAAUUUCUUUGGCAGCAAUGCACAGUACAUAGUCAGCGGGUCGGACGACGGCUCCUUCUUCAUCUGGGAGAAGGAAACCACCAACCUGGUCCGAGUGCUGCAGGGAGACGAGUCCAUUGUGAACUGUCUCCAGCCUCAUCCCAGCUACUGCUUCCUGGCUACCAGCGGCAUCGACCCGGUCGUGCGACUGUGGAACCCCAGGCCAGAGAGUGAAACGCUCAACGGCCGCGUGGUGGUGGACAUGGAAGGUGCUUCCCAGGCCAACCAGAGGCGGAUGAACGCGGACCCUCUGGAGGUGAUGUUGCUCAACAUGGGGUACCGGAUCACAGGACUGACCAGUGGUGGGGCUGGAGGCUCAGAUGAUGAAGACAGCUCAGAGGGGCAAGUCCAGUGCCGGCCCAGCUAAAAUAGAACUGCCUCUCCUUCCUCUAAUUGUUUGGCUGAAAGGGAACCUAGUUUCCUUGGUCCUGGACUCUCUCUGGUGAAUGACUGCACUGUUUCGCACUAUGCACAGAGUAGGACAAGCUGGCAGGGGCAGGAGCGGCCGUCUCUGUAAACCAUCACCUCCUCCUCCUCCUCCUCCACAGCAUGGCAGUGCAGUCCGGGGUUUGCCUUUAGUGGAAUUUAGUCCCAACAGGGGUCUUUGAGUUGUCUGUAAGCAGUGUAACUGGUGAUUAUUUUUCCAGAGCUGCUGUAUGAUGUGGUACAGGGUGAUGUUGCCUGCAUUGCAGAGGGGAUGUUAAAUUCCUGAAUAAAAUACAAACCUAGGGCAGGGGUUAUGGAAUGAAUUUACUGCAGUGAUUCUGAAAGCUUGACUCUGUGCUACCAGCCUGUCUAGAGGCCCCCAGUUUAAGGUUGUUGGCCAUGAAACACCUGUUUUAUCCCAUAACAUCUUUCUUCUGGCUUCCAUCUCAGACACGUUGUCAGCAGAUGUGGCUGUGCUGUAUUGAGGACUGGAGAUUGCCUGUCUUGUCCCCCUGUCUUAGCUGAAGGAUUGUUGAAGGCACUGGAUAUGUGCAGCUCAACAGGGCAGGAUGUGCUUGCCCAGUUCUGGUACUUUCUCCUGUGGUCCAUGAACCCAUGGAGGGAGGUGACAGCAGUGGGGACAGGUUGGGUCAGAGCCUUAGGACUCGUGUAGCUGAAGCUGCUGAGGAAAGGGGCAGGUCACAGCCUCUCUCUCUGUUGCUCAGUGUGUGUAGCUGUGUUCACCUUCUCCUCUCCAUGUCACCUGUGUGGGAGCUGAGAAUGUUGUCACCGUGUGUAUGUUACAACUACAGUUUGGAGCUGUUAGAAGCAGCAUUUCUGGGCAGCCAGCUGCUCUGUCUUGGCCGAGGUGGGCCUCUUCUGCCUCGUUGGUGUGACAUUGGAUGGAUUCAUGAUCCUCUCAGGAAACCUCCUUCCUCUUCCCGCUCUCCACACACUGACUGGCUGCAGAGCCAGGAGCACACCAAGAAACGCAGCACUGGUACUUCCAUUCCUUCCCCUCUCAUGUAGCACACAGCCCUGUUUUUCCCUCUUGCAGUUGCCAAACACUAAAUACCCAACAGAUCUUACACAGCUGUGCUACAACCGAACCCGCAGAGGUUGUUUUUUUCUAGGACUAUCAACUAAGACCAAAGAGCCCCUGGAGAUCUGAACCGCUCUGCGCUGUCUCGUAGCUCUUCCUGCUGAAGGUCUGAACAUGCCAGCCUUGGUCCCAGGGGUGUGAGGUGUGUGUCUGGGAGUGUGUGCGCAUGUGUGUGUGCUGUUCUUCCAUGUGGUGCAAUCCCUGGUCUUCCUGUUGCUGCUGUGGAAAGAGGAGAGGCCUCCUUUUCCUCCUCUGGCUGUUUCUGGCUGCCAGGCGUUGCUGAGCGAGGCUGCGCAGUGCUGGCUGAGCAAGGGCUGCCUCUCCCUUCCAGAACAGUCUCUGAGAUGAGGAGGGAGAGAGGUCAUGGAGUCUGGCAGCAUCUCUCCAAGGACACUGUUCCCUGCAGGGAGAGAGAACUGGGAUCUCAUCCCUGCCCCUCAGACAGACGUCACCUGCUCUGUCUCGGAGUGAAGCCGAGUCCGCCCCGGUUUAGUGAGAGCCCCUUGAAACGACCGCCUCCCCUCGAGCUCUGGGAUGGCAGAGUCCUCUCCACCUUCUCCCACUGAGGCAGAGCUCACCUGGGACAGGUCACUCUGCUCCUGAGGGCAGCUUUGCUUGUUUUCACGCAGAACCCACGACUGUUCAGUUCACCUGUUUGCUGGGGUACAGGCUCCCCCACCCCGGGUGUACCUGCUCUUCAAGACCCAGAGGCAGCAGAAAAUUCUCCUCACUUGGGUGGCUUUCUGACACGCUCUGCCCUUUUCUUUUUUUGCUUAAGGCUUCCUACUAGAUGCAUCCUUUUUUUUUUUUUCCCCCUCUUCUCCUCCCACUCAAACUUUUUUUUCAGCUUUCAGUAGACAACGUCUGCAGACUUUGAUUUUUAGACUGAGAGACUGAGAUGGAAAGCUCUGAAGAGAACAAACCUCUCCCUCCCCGUUCACCUUUUGCUGUGGCAGCUAUUUUUUGGGGUUUUUUUACACUCGUGAGACAGUGCAGCUCUUUUACCUGCCAGUUGCAGUGUGAAAGCAAACAGAUUCCCUGCCUCUGCAGUGGGUUGCUGUUUUUAAUGGCUGCUUUGGUUAAAAAAAAAAAAAAGAUAAAUAAUAAUAGGAGUGAAAAAUCUUUCUGCCUCCAGCCCCUUUUUCCCUUGUUGUGGGCAGAUUACCUGCUUGUCACUUGUUAAUGAGGAAUUUGUAUUUAUUGGUGAAGGGAAAAAACAUGCUGGGGAAGUCGGGAGAAGAUGUUGCUUUAUUGACCUCUGCUGUUUACUUCAACCCCCUCUUUGGGAAAGCUUCUUCCUGCUCUUUCUGGUUAACUCUUUCUAGCCUGGGAUAUGCAGGGAUGCCUCCUUUAUUUUUGUAUUCUAGCAAUGGGCUCUCCGUUAGGAGACUCUAGGAUUCUCUUAGUGUUGCAGUGACCAUUGCUUCUCGCUUUUUUCGAGUACUAAAGAUGAUCAUCUCGUAAACUUUGCCCCUGCAGUUGUAGAGGUAACACACGAGCCUUACUGCCCUCAUUAGUAGGAGCAGAAAACUUGUUUCUCUGGUCCCUGGAAGAGAAAGGGUUAAGCGAUUAAAUAAUUCUUUGUUCUA